UCCUUUCCAAUUGACCUCUCAAUCCCUCCAAAUUCCAUCUCAAUUAUGUUUGCACGUCAGGUAUUAAAAGCGGCCCAGCCGUUGAAAACACAAACCCGUCGAUAUGCUACCGAACCAGCCAGCGGAGGAUCCAACACAGCUAUCUAUGGUGGAGUUGCUGCGGUACUAGCAGGUGCUGGAUACUACUUUUACAACCAAGGCGACAAUGCGGCAAAAGUGAAGGGUGCCGCGAAGGAUGCCGAAGCCAAAGCCAAGGACGCUGUUGGAGCUGCAAAGUCGAAGGUUGAGGGAGCUACAGCAAAAUCCGCUUUCACAGGAGGAGACCAGGGCUUCAUCAGCUUGAAGUUGGAUAGCGUUGAGAACAUCAAUCACAACACUAAGAAGUUCCGAUUCGAAUUGCCAGAGGCUGAUCAAGUCAGCGGUCUCCAUGUUGCGUCUGCGCUUCUCACAAAGUACAAGGGCCCAGAGAUGGAGAAGCCAGCGAUCAGACCUUACACUCCAGUCAACGAUGAGGGUGACGUAGGCUACCUGGACCUUCUGGUGAAGAAGUACCCCAAGGGAGUUAUGUCGACACAUAUGCAUGAUAUGGUACCAGGUCAAAGACUUGACUUCAAGGGACCAAUUCCAAAAUACCCAUGGACUGCGAACAAGCACACUCACGUUGCAUUGAUUGCUGGAGGAACCGGCAUCACUCCCAUGUACCAAGUAGCUCGCGCUAUCUUCAACAAUCCAGAGGACAAGACCAAGGUUACCAUGGUUUUUGCCAACAUCACUGAGGAGGACAUCUUGUUGAAGAAGGAGCUAAAUGAGCUUGAGAACAAAUACCCACAGCGAUUCCGAGCUUUCUACGUUUUGGACAAGCCUCCUGCGAAAUGGAGUGGAGGAAGCGGGUACAUCACCAAGGAGCUCUUGAAGACUGUCCUCCCUGAGCCAAAGGAGGAGAACAUCAAGAUCUUCGUUUGCGGCCCACCUCCUUUCUACAAGGCCAUUUCUGGUGUCAAGAAAUCUCCAAGUGACCAAGGCGAGCUUGACGGAGCAUACCUCGAGCAACUUGGAUACAAGAAGGAUCAAGUCUACAAGUUCUAGAUGGAUACAAUGGGAGACACCUCAACCUGUAACAUUAAAUAGAUGAAAAGUGUUAAGACAAUUGAGUAAAUAGCUGCAGAAGUGAUGUGGACAUUGACUAACAGUCGCUUGGUGCUGUUCCAACUGGUGGCCAGGUAUCAUACUUCAGCUAUCUGUGUGAUUCCUGGAGCCAGGUAGCUUAAGCUCAAUCAUGCCAAUAAUGAUAUCAACAGACGAUUUUAAUACCA